AUGGGAGUGCUUGCAGGGAUGAGUCUCAUCAAGGUCUUUUUCGUUUUCGUUUGUUUGGCCCCGAAUGCGGGAGAAUUGCUCUCGUUCAACCGCUGUGAUGGAGGCCAUAGUCGUGUCGGCAAGGAGAUUUGGGAUGAAGUGAAGCACAUGCUUUCCAUUGAUAUCGCAGGCCGUGACAUGGGAAGAAACUUGGACCCUCGCUCUGACAGCUUGGAAGCACUACGCCAAGUCAUGAACAGCCAGGUACUACCAGAUUUGGACAAUGCCGUGAAGGAUUGCGCCUUCGGGGUGAUGUCUUUAAUUUGGCUUACCCUUGUUGCGGUCGACUCAGAGGAGGGAUUGGAGAGAGCCAGGUACCUGCAGGCUCUUGCAGAUGGCUUGUUCUUUCAGUUUGCGGAUUUGUUGGAGGAGUCAACUUGGCCGCUGGAGCCUGUCAAGUACUUCAGCUACAGGCAACUGCUCGGACAUGAGAGAAAUGACUGUGGUGGCAGCGGGCUUCGUGUCUACGUCUACAACUCCACCGAUCUGACACGACGGCGUCUCUUGACAGGCUCUGGUAUGAUGGCAGCAGCAUCUCACAUCCACACUUAUUUGGAGCAGAGUUCUUGCACUACGGAGGAUCCAGAAUCUGCAGACCUUUUCUUCUUGCCAGCCUACCAUGGAAACCAGUACGACACCUUUUUGGCGGAGCUCUCUCAUGCGGAGAAAUCUGAUGAGAGAUUCCCCUACCUCACUCAGCGGCCUUCGGACCACUUCUUUGUGGUAUCGGCCAAUUUACCUUCUUGGAGCGAUCUGGCUCCUUUGCGCAACUCCAUGCAGCUCACUGUGGAGUCCUGGCAAACCAACGAAGGAAUUCCGCGGUGGUCUUCUCGCUGGAAGGAUAUCAUGAUCCCCGGAUAUAUUGAUCGCUGGCGGAUAGAUGCGAUGCGGGCGGUGAACAAACCAACAGAAGAGCGAGGUUUCGUGCUGCUUACUUGCAAAGGGCAAGGCUUCGCGUGUUCACCUUUUCCGGCUUUUGGUCGUCCAACAUAG